AUGGCUCUUCCAUCGACCACGCAGGAGAUUCUGCGAGAACAUGGAUUAAUAGCUGAGAAUUAUGUUGGACCUGAUUCAUAUUUUGCAAUGGUAAGCAAAAUAUUAGGAAGCGAUGCUAGAGAAAAAAUUUCAGAACUUCAAAGUCAACCCGAAUUCAAUUUGUUCUUUUGUGCAUUUGAGCCUGAUUUUUUCUGUCGACCUCAAGAAACCUUAUAUAACCCAAAUAAGAUACGUCAAGCGUGUCUGAAUAGAAGUAAGAAACAUCGAACGGGCCCUUGUAGACGAGAUAUCUACGCCACAGCCGAACUUCUGCAACGCGCUAUCCAUAUGUUCCAUAUCACAGCAGACGCACUAGAUUUGGAUGUCUUCCUUCCAACAUUUUGCAACUUGACUCAUGGAAACGAAAGAGAAAUCAAAAUGCUGAUGCUUCUGGAACGUGAGGAAAUUAGGUUUUAUCGACUGAAGCGUGUAGAGUCACAAGAAAACGGGACAACGUCAGCAAACAGAAAUCAAUGUGACUGCAACAAAUUUCACUCUAAACUUACCGAGCCCUCUGUACAAUUGUAUGCCAGAGGCUUUGUCCUAGAUCAGCUUGUAGAAAACCAUUGGGCGUUUCACCAACCUUCAACAUCAAGAGAUUUUAGUUUUUAUAGAUGUUUGAGCCAAGCAAUUUAUGGUGAUGAGAAGUGGUUCCCCCUGAUAAGGAAUCUUAUCGUGGAAUUCGAACAACAAGAGGAUUUUCUUCCAAUUUUUCAAACAUUCAUUACCCAGACGGGAAGAAAUCAAUCGGGUGAUAUGACUACACAGACCAGGAAUCACUUUUCCCAACAAAUCAAUGGAUCAAGGCAUCCAGGAACAGGCGAAAUUUAUGCUGCUUCGUCCUUAUUUUGUACAGAAAUAUUCAUUUGGAGCGAAAAUCGAAAAGAAUGGAAUGUGUACCAUCCUCUCCUCCUACCGACAAAAGCACGUCAACAUUUCGUCACAUUGGCAAAACUCGACGAGGAAUUUGAGCUCCUUGUCCCAGCAGUGGUCUCGUGUAACUGUCAGCUAAAGAGGCCACCGGUCAGAACAAUUAAGGAUCAACGAAGCGAACUGGAGAAGGCUGCCUGGGAUUUGACUGCUUUUAAACCAUGCUGCCAAGAUAGGAGACAUGGUCCGCAUACCCACCUGCAGUUCCUAGCCAGCGGUGCACAUCAACACUUUUCGGGAUCAGGAAUACGUCAUACUGGUAGCCGACUGUCCACUGAUGCCGAACAUGUGUCGGUACUGUUGAAAGUGAAAGAGCGACGAUUGGAUAUAAACCAUACAAUUGGUGGUACAUUUCAGCAGUGCAUACUCAAAGAAAUAUAUGGUACAGAUGACGUUAACGAAACGGCACAAUUUCCAGUGUCGGUAGGAACUCCAAACGACGAGGAUAUAAUGCGUACCGCUAACUGGCUGAAACGACCCAUCUACAUAUUUACCAAAGACGGGUUACAUACGGAGCACAAAUGGGAGGCAUUUUUGCCGGAACAAGUAUCAUCUCAUCAGUGUCGGUAUUACGUUACCCUCUACAAAAAUCCUGAUACCCAGCUCUACGACAGAGUCGUACCUAUCCGGGGCUGCAACUGCUCCGUGCCACCUCCAAUCGAAAUACUGAGAGAUGAAAGCUAUAGAGAACAUAUCUCACGUAGCGAGAUUAAAAGGAACAAACGUCAUAACCCUAUGCUGGAAUAUUUUCUGGAGAACAUAACAGAAGAUAUGAUAACGAACGAAAACAUAUAUCCUCCUGAAGACCUGAAUCCUCCAGUAAGUAGUGUGCUGUCUGAUAUUUACCACGCGCUACAACGCUACGACAUGGCGGACAGGAUUGUGGAUACUAUAGAAGGAAGCAACUCACUCUUUGCAUGUUUGAGUAAAGAAAUAUUUGGAAAUAGCGAGAAGGACAACAUCAUAGCCAGCUUGAUUCUUACUGAACUUUGUGAAAAUGAGACAACGUACGCGGUCCUUUACUCGGGAGCAGCAAACGCUAAAGUACAGACAGAAUCACUUGCUUCUCUACAGGGAUUUGGUGAAAUCGAUUUAUUGGCAGCGGCUACUUUUUUGCAAACCAGGAUUCUCGUCUUACUGGUUGAACCAGAUGGAACAAGCCGGUGGAAGGAAUUUACACAAAUGAGAAGGAAGCCACGGCCACAACAAAUGCCACGAUUGCAAAGUGUUUGCUUGAGAGAAGGAACUGCUGAUAAAUACUGUAUAACCCUUCUACGGAACGCAUACGGAGAGUUCUAUCGGAUCUUACCUAAAGACCGUAUCUGUAAUUGUCAAAUGGAACAAAUUGGUGUUCCUGGGAGGAAGGAGGGGUCACUAAGAGAUGAUUUCACGGCACCAGAGCUUGACGAAUUCGCCACAGGAAUCCCAGACAUCUGGUCACAAACAAAACGAAAGGCAUUUCUUACUUUCCGAACUUUGGAUUCUGCCCUAGGAAAAGUUUACUGUGAUAUCAACAAUCUUUACAAGAUCCUGGAGGUUCAGCUUGUCUUACAUGAAACAAUAAUUCGAAAAGUCGAAAGUCGACGAAGAGACGCAAACAUAACCACUGUCACUGGAUCUAUGGUAUCUGCAGUUGGCACAGCGAUAAUGAUCGGUGGUGCGACAUUCGCUGGACCAACGGGAGGGAGAACACUAGCAGUUGCUGGAGUCGCCGUGUCACUCUUGGGUGUAGGAAGUGUUGCAGGAAGUACAUUGAUAGAGGGAGCUCUUUCAUCAAAGGAUCUUGAACAUAUUAUUAAAAUCAAUGAACUCCUGGAGGUUAUUGCAGAAAGUACAGUUGCUUCUGUGCGAAACCUCAAUAAAAGAAUCCGAACAGUGUUUGACGAGCAGUUAGGAGGCGAAAGCGAGCUUCUAGGACAUGUAGGUGAUUACAACUUUGACAUAUUAGGAAACUUACAAAUCAUUCCUACGUUGUGUAUGUUAGAGGAAAUGUGUCAUGCUGUGUCUACACUCCUGUCACGGCUGGCAGUGAAAACCUCUUCGGUCAUAUUGGGAAAGCUAUUGGCGGGGUUUUCGAUGAUCUUUGAUGGCAUUAUGAUAGCAAUGGCAGUUCGAAGUUUAAAAACUGGAAGCAAAACGAAAACCUCCGAAAGAUUGCGGAAAAACCAGUAUCAGCUACGAGCCGUGAAAUCGAUUCUAAAAACAUAUAUUCAGAAAGCAGAAUAAUAGCCUGAUCUAUAA